AUAAGGGGUGCGGUGUCAAAAAAUCUUAAUGAAGGCAUUCCGAUGACGACCAGCCUAAGACCCGCGCGCUAUAGAAAGACAUUUUGCUCACUGGAUUUCAUGGAAUUCAGGCUCAGAUUUAUUUCAUCGUCAGGUUGCCCCAAAGUCCGGACAGCGACGGCCUCGUGGGGCUGUGGUGCCUGUGCCCCACAGUCCAUAUUUAAGGUUUUGGUUUGGGCCGGGAUUGCGAUCCACUAAGCUUAAAUAGCACUAGGUUAGAGAUUAGGUCUUCCCGUGAUCGGAGGGUUGGUCUGUGCGGCUUUUACCGCCAACGUCAUUUCUCUGCAUUGUUUAUUGUUUGUAUGGAGGAUGGGCAGUUUUGAGGGGCUGGGAAUCCUCUGCAAUCACAUCUAAUCACAUAGAUAUGAGACAGCCCAAAAUAGGGCAGUAGAAGUGGUCACAAAAUCGCGUUUGUAACUCGCAAAUAAGAGCCUGCCACGGCGUUGGCUUGGUGGCUGGGAAGCUGGGCGCUCGCCCAACCUCCCAGCCCGCCAGUCACCAACCACCGCAUAUCAUUAAUUAUCGUGUCAAACCUGCCACUCAAGGACCCAUUAAUACCAGCAGUCCCGACGGAACCGGAUUUAUUUUCAUGAGCUUUUGUAUUUCAAUGGCAUAUUGAUUUGCAUGUUUCUAUUUUACUACAAUUUUUGGAUUGCUCUCUAUAUACCCCCUAGUAAUAACGACCGGUCAUGCCCCAACCAGUUCCCGCCAACUUGAAAGCUGUAAAAUCUAACCAGCCUCAAUUAAUUCACUCCUCAUCCCAGCAAUCCAUCGCUGCCUCAGACGACUAUUAUUCUUUCUCUGACAUCUCCCAAGCUUCAAAUAACAGCAAAGUCACAGUUGUGCGAUAUGCAACUCCUCCCACUCGAAAAUCUUCUCCAUCUCCCAACAUGUCCUCUCGAACUACCCAAGACGAUAUAACCGGAACAGCUGGUAGCAGCGGAAUAACCCGUGACCCCGAACAACCCCCCAGACAAAAAUACAUCGCCCCGGAUGUUCAAGAUGGUGCUAGGGUAACAGAAAGUGGAACACCAUCACCCAGCGUGGAUGAUAUGCCGUACAUUAGAUUCGCUAUCGAUCAAUUAACUCGUGAUGAAGAAUUACUUGGAGAGGGACGACAUGGCUCGGUUGCCAGCACUGAGUAUCCUGUUGAACGUAUCAUCCCAGAUGAAGGUCUGGGAUAUUACACCAGCACCACCACGACACAGCCCGUGGAGCAACAAAAAAAGGAGCCCCAACUAUUAGACCGCUGCGACACACCAGUUUCAAAUAUUCUGCUUCCAGUAACACCCCCUUCAGAAGGUCACCAAUAUCCACCGCUUAACUUCGUUCCUCUAGCCCUCCGACCUCUAGCUCUUAUUUCAUUAACUACUGUCUGUCUCGCCAUGAUGGUAGCGCUCAUAUUUUGUAUCGUCUGGUCUCAGCAACAUGCCGGACUAUGGGCUUACGAUGGGUUGGGUGGUUCGCGAUAUUUUGUGGUUCAAUUUUUACCAUCGCUACUUGCCAUUUUAAUUACACUUUGGCUGUUUGUCGUGCAGUCUGCUAUCUAUCGAAUCCUUCCCCUGACAAUGUUAGCGUCAGGUCGUGGAUCUGAGAAUGCUCUGCAAAAGAUUCGGAUCCUGCCUCGCAACUUCUUGUUUCCGGAUAUCACGCCUUUCCUCCACGGUGAAUGGCUGACUGGAAACUUCCUCGCCAUAGUAUGGGCAGUUAAUAUUCUUACUAUCCCGCUACAAAGUUCGCUGUUCGUAGCUCGCUACUACGACCAGGUCGAAAGGUUUCAAUGGGCGACUACUCGGGGUGUAGCCGGAACGCUGAUUGCGCUUUAUGGAUUGCUCGCCAUGGCAGUGCUAGGGAUUAUGCUUCGUUUUAACUGGCGAGAAAGCGGGCUUCUUUGGGAUCCCGUCUGUCUUGCCGAUAUAAUCCCCCUGAUUCAAAAGUCUAACGUGCUAGAUCAGUUUCAUCGGACUGAAAUUUCUCAGGCCGUUGAGCAGGACCUAUUACCUAGUACACUACGUUUGGGAUAUUGGUCCUCAGACGUCAAUGACCAGGACUUUCUCUAUGGCAUUGGCGAGGAGAGCGCAAUGGGGGAGAAAUCACCUUCCAAUCCGAAACGGGAAUCCCAAACCUCCGCUCCCGAACAUGCCGACAGCGAGCGACAACACCUCAACAACAAGGACUCCUUCGAAAGGAACAUACACUCUCCAUUCGUUCGAUAUCGCUGGACAGAGUGGUUUUUAAGGGAUACGUACGUUGUUGCUUGGAUCGUCAUCGCAAAUGUCUUGAUGAUUGCUUUCAUCGUCGUCACGUUCGUAAAGCAACCCAUCAGAGACGGAUUCGACCCUCUCUUACCUACACUACCCUCGUCAACUAGUUUCUCCUCCUCCAACUUCCUGUACAGCUUCAUUCCGUCUCUGAUCGGAAUAGUUCUCUUCCUCCUCUGGCAACCAAUCGACCAAUAUUUCCGCGCCGUCCAACCGUUUUGCGACCUCUCAUCCCCCAAUGGUGCUCUUGCUGAGAGGAGCCUCCUGCUAAACUACCCGUCUUGCUUACCGUUAGAAGUCACCGUCCUCGCCCUCAGCACCGGCCAUUACAAGGUCGCAUACACCUCUUUCAUGAGCCUUGCGUCACUUGCUAUCCCCGUCCUCGCAGGUGGCGUUUUCAUGGCCCGCUACUACCCCGAUCAGGAUCAAAUCCGUAUCUCCACUUUUCUGCCUGCAUACUACACCCUAAUGGCAUUCGUGAUCGUUUAUGCCCUCUCAUUCCUCGUUCUUUGGCCGCGGCGUAAACGCUACCUCCCCCACGCCAUUUACUCGUACGCGGAUAUUAUCAGUUUCCUUUACCAGAGUCCUCUUCUAUCGGAUAAGGUAUUCCGCCAGCCGAGGACGAAAGCAGAUCUGGUAACUAGAGUGAUUGUAGCGCCACCUGGGGAGGGCGAAAAAGCGCUAUAUGCGUUUGGCUUGUACCAUGGCCGUGACGGGCAGGAACAUCUUGGGAUUGAUCGGCUGCGGAGAGUCGGCCAAGUCGAGAUGUUCGUCACACUGGACGAUGGUUCUGGGGUUGUGUGAUACUUAUUUCGAAGUUACAUGGAUACCCCUUCUGACUUUCCAGUAUCGAACAAGGUGUGAUGGAGGUGGAUUUAGAGUUGCAUAUUUCAUACUUUGGAGUUUUAUGUUUUUAUUUUGGUUUUCUUCUGAGAUUGGAAGAUGAACACGACUGUUUCUCACACUUGGGGCCUCACACCCUACCCCAGGUAUCACAACUCAUGACCAACGAUAAUGACGAUAAUGAACGAUAUACAACGAAUGAUACGAGAACUAUGGAGCCGAAAUUUUUUCGAUUUUUAUUUUAACGCACUUCUCUCAUCUCAUGAUAGACGAGCGAUGGCGCAAUAUAGGGUGAUAUAUUUUCUUCUAACAAUUUACCUUUGUCCUCAUUCCUUUCUAAGUAACUGAUUCGUGUAGCUUGUUUUCUUUCAACAUAUCACAUUUAUAAUCCCACCGGAAUGAAAUAGGUUUUGGUUAGUAAAUUUGAGGGAAAACAUGUGAUUUCGCUCUACCACAGCAUUGAUAUAGAGAAAAAAUAUCAGAGUCUAGGACAUUCAAUCAAGGAUAAAAGAAAAUAACUCCUUAUGUUCGUUCAUAUCUCAUGCCCGUAAUUAGAAAGAAAAACCAUUUGUCAUAAAGCCCAUCAGUCGGUUAAGCCAAUAUCCUACAGCAAUUCGGUCUGCGAUCUUGUCCCGCUCACGGCGCAGGAGGCACCAUGGCGCCUGGCGCUAGGCCGCCUCGGUAUUCCGAAUCUUGAUUUUGACCAUCGAUGAGUGGCUGGCGGUCAACUUCGACAUAUGCGGCUUCAGUUUGUUGGCGCGAAACCAUCGAGAACUGGUCAACGCUCUUCUGAUAAUCUGUUCGCAUUUGAGGGAAGUGGGUGCCUGGAUGGAAGACAGUAAGAAGAAUGGCAGCGAUUAUGCACAUACUAUGUUGCGGUAACUGGUUAGUUUCGUUGAUCUCUUUAAGAGGAUUAGGGAGGUAAAUAUAAGAUGGAAGGCAAGAAAUAUGAAACGUACACUCCUUCUAGAAUCACAAAUGAGACUUCGUCUUGCAUAAUAUGAUUGGCCCAUCCUCCGACCAUCUCGGCGAUUCUGCAAGGUUCUGUUAGUAAAAGCUGAGAGGGAAGUAGGAGUAAAGGGUAGCCCAAAGUCAGAUAGAUGCAGACAUACCGAUAA